AUAUAAUUGCCGGUGAAUGCUUGUAUUUAAACACCAAAGGAGGAGCGGAGGGUUCCCCCAUUCCCUACACUUUCCUUUGUUUAUUUUCUGUCACCGAUUUCUCACCUUUUUCCCAUUUUUUUUACACAAUUUUUCUAUUUCUUUUUCAAUUUUCAUCUUCAAAUCUCCCAUAUUAACCAAAUAUAAUCAUUACAAAUAAAUUAAAUUUCUCGGGUUUCCAUUUUUAACAUACCCAAAUCAAAAUCUUGCAAAAUCUUCUUAUUUUUUCAUUGAUUCUACAUUAUUCUUGAAGUUAAUUACUAACUGGGUAUCAAUAAUUUGGUGAAAAUUUCUCAAUUUUGUUGUCGUUGUUGUUAUUGGGUGGGGGGAGGGAAGAUGUGAUUGAAAAGUAAUGAUUAAGAGGCAAAACUUGCAAUCAAUGGCUGCUACGAUAAGCAAAGGAUUGCCUGGGUUGUUUAAAAAUGACAGAAAAAUAUCAACCUUUAACCAUUCUCACAGCUCAAGAAGAAUCAAUGUUGCCAACAUUGGGUUUAAUUUAAAGGGUUGUGCUGAUUAUCGGGAGAAAGUUCCUAACUUGAAGAGUAAAGAUGUUGGGUUUUAUAAAACUAGGGUUUUCACUCUUCCCCAGCAACCCUUUUCCGAGGUGGAGCUACAAUUGCAGGAUCAGAAGAGAAAUCAUGGGGUUUUGGAUGUUAAUAAUGGUGGUAGUUCAUUGCCUGAGAAGAUUGUUGUUGCUGUUGAUGUUGAUGAGGUCCUCGGAAACUUUGUCUCGGCUCUAAACAGAUUCAUUGCUGAUCGUUAUUCCUCAAAUCAUACGGUGUCUGAAUAUCACGUAUACGAGUUUUUCAGGAUAUGGAACUGUUCCCGUGAUGAAGCUGAUAUCCGUGUUCAUGAGUUUUUCAAGUCAUCUUAUUUCAAGAAUGGGAUCUACCCUCUACCAGGAGCUCAAAAGACCCUUAACAACUUAUCAAGCUUUUGCAACUUGUCUGUUGUCACGUCUCGUCAAAAUGUCAUCAAAGAUCACACUAUUGAGUGGCUUGAGAAACAUUAUUCAGGACUCUUCGAGGAGAUCCACUUUGGCAAUCACUUUGCUUUAGAUGGAGAAUCAAAACCCAAGUCAGAGAUUUGCAGGUCAAUGGGAGCAAAGGUGUUGAUUGAUGAUAAUCCAAGAUAUGCAUUAGAGUGUGCUGAAGUUGGAAUUAGUGUACUACUUUUUGAUUAUCAGAACUCUUAUCCUUGGUGCAAGACUGGAUCGAAUAAUCAACACCCCCUCGUGACUAAAGUUCAUAACUGGGAAGAAGUUGAACAACAGUUAGUAUCUUGGAGGUUUUCGUCGCAUCUAUAGCAUAAUAGCAAUAGAGUUUUCAAUUUGUGAAAGAGUUUAGUUUCUUUCAUCUUAAAUGAGAUGGUGGUAACUAGUAGCAAGGAACUAUUUCUGGGUGGCUUUAGGUUUUUCUCAAGCAACCAAACUGGAAAAUUGAAGCAUAGUGUUAUUCUGAUUUUUCCUUUGC